AUGGCCUCCUCGAGGGUACCCCCUGGCGUCCCGAACACGCAAGCCCUGUGCUCUGACACCUUCCAUAUCCCACCUCUCGGUCCAUCGUUCAACCUCGCAGAAGUUGCAGAAUGGACUGCAUUACAUAGUCCCAACCACCCGCUCUUCAAGUAUCCUCUUGCUGAUGGGAGCACCCGUACGAUAUGCUGGUCUGAAUGCUACGAGGCCGUCAUUAUAGGCUGCAAGAUACUUCGGCAUCGUAUUUCCAUCUCUACUAGCACUACCCGCCCCGUGGUAGGCAUUUUGGCUAUCUCAGACGUCAUCCCAUACUCGAUGAACCUGCUCAGCUGCUUCCGAAUGAACUUCGUUCCCUUUCCUAUUUCUCCCAGGAACUCCCCUGUGGCCGUCGCUCACUUGAUUGAGCGUGCACACGUCAACUAUAUUUUGAUUGGUCGCGAGAAGAGCAUGGCGGAUCUAGCUCAACGGGCAAUUGACAUCUUGCGGGGAAGAUCCUCCAACGUCACGCCUCCCGUAGUCCUACCCAUGUUGCAGUUCGAAGAGGUCUACUCUCCUUCGAGAGCCAUCAUGGAGCUUCCUGAUGUCGCACCCUAUGUUUACAGCGGCCCCGACGAUGCUCAGAUGAUCAUGCACUCGUCUGGGUCCACAGCCUUCCCUAAACCAGUGCCAUGGUCAAACCUUUGCUUCAAUAUGCUCCAACUGACUCCCUUCUUUGGAGACCGCGAUCUGACUGGGAAAGUGUUCUCCCUGCACACCAUGCCAAUGUAUCAUGGGAUGGGCGCUUCGCAGAUCUACUGGGCGGCGACUUGUGGGCUAGUGAUAAGCGCUUUUGAGCCAACUUACCCCACAACUCUUCCGACUCCUGAUAAUCUGUAUGUUGCAGCCAAAGCUACAGAGAGCGACAUCGUCUUUUGUGUGCCUACGAUCAUUGAGCAAUGGGCAAUGAAUUCUCAAUACGUUACGUGGCUUGCUUCGAGGUCUGGUGUGAUUUUCGGUGGAGGGCCCCUUAACAAGGAAAUAGGAGACUAUUUGACGUCUCAGGGAGUUAGCAUCUUCAUCUCUUACGGCGCCACGGAAGUUGGCGUGAUUAGUACCAUCCUUCCAUCGUCUGUGGAUUACGACUGGGAUUAUUUUAGUUUCCCAAAGUCCGUUACCCCGGAACUGGCGUCAUACGGGGAAAAUACCUACGAGCUCGUCAUCCUGCCCAGUGAGUUUUGCGUACCAAGCGCGGUUAAUACAACAGUAAACACUACACCUGCGUACUCCACGUCGGACCUUUUGGUGGCACAUCCUACCAAACCAGGCUUCUGGAAGGUUUUUGGUCGAGUUGAUGAUCAAAUCAUGCACAGCACGGGAGAAAAGACAAACCCAGGACCUCUAGAAAGCAUCCUAAACCAAAAUGAACACGUUAUGUCGUCUGUGAUGUUCGGGCGGGGGAAGUUCCAAGCCGGAAUCAUCAUUGAUCCUGUCGAAAAAGCACGGUUUGAUCCCGUGGACGAAGUCAAACUUGCACAGUUCCGCAAUUUGAUUUGGCCAACAGUGGAGUCGAUGAACGCGUACGCUCCCCAACACUCUCGGAUAUUCAAAGAGAUGAUUAUUGUUUCAACCCCGUCUAAACCAUUUACGUACACUGCAAAGAACACUGCACGGCGCCAGGCCAUCAUAGACUCCUACUCCGACGAGAUCGAAAAAGCAUACGCCGAUGCACAGGAGAGUGCGCAAAGCAACAUUGCUUCGCCAUCUGUGUGGGAUGAUACUCAGACACUGACGUUCGUGCGUCAUACCGUGUAUUCUGUUCUGGGUAGGGAAGUGUCCGAUGAUGUGGACAUCUUCCAACUUGGAUGCGACAGUCUGCAAGCUACUUGGAUUCGUAACACCCUCCUGCGCGCUCUGCGCGAUUCGUCAGCAGUCGACACAAGGCGCGUCAAGGAGAACAUCGUGUACACAAACACAUCCAUCUCAACUCUCGUUGGCUCCAUUUCCAAGCUCAUACGCGGGGAUGGAGUAGAGGACAACUUGGAUCUCAGCCAGCGAGUAGCGUUGAUGCAGUCGUUUGUUGAUAAGUACCUCUUUAGGGAGCUCCCACAGCACCGGCCUCUUCCAACAUCUCAGGACGGAGAUGUGGUGGUGCUCGUAACUGGCACGACGGGUACUUUCGGCAGUCAUCUACUUGCAUCGAUGCUUGAAAACCCUGCCGUGACACGCAUAUAUGCACUUAACCGGAGGAGCUAUGUCGGACACGCAAUUGGCACGCGGCAGACGCGAGCAUUCGAUGAGUGGGAACUGGAUACCGAGCCUUUGAAGGCGACGAAACUCAAGCUACUGGAAGGAGAUAUCCUUGGAGAAAACUUUGGCAUCGGUGAAGAUACGUACACGGAGAUGCUGAACACUGUCACUCACGUCGUGCACAAUGCUUGGACUGUGAACUUCAACCUUAGACUCGAGGCGUUCGAUGACAAUAUUCAUUCUGUGAGGCGGUUGAUCGAUUUCUCGCUGAACUCGCGGCUGCCUGUGCCAAUGAAGUUCGUCUUCACGAGUUCAGUCGGAGUACUCCAGAACGCCCAAGGGAAAACUGCGCUUCCAGAGGCGCCGGUCAAUGCCGAGAUUGCUGCCGGCGUCGGCUAUGCGGAGUCAAAAUGGGUGGCAGAGCAGCUUGUGCAGCGCGCAAGGGCUCAGGUGCCCUCGUUCAAUGCCCUCAUCGUUCGUGUGGGCCAGUUAUGCGGUGGCGCCAGAACCGGAAGCUGGAACACCAAGGAAUGGUUCCCAGCUCUCGUCCAGAGUACCGAUGCAUUGCGCUGCUUCCCUAGCGAGGAUAAGCCUGUGUUCUGGAUUCCUGCGUCCACAGCUGCGGCGUUGCUCGUUAAACUGGCAACUUCGUCGUAUCGUCCCAAGAGCGACAUAAUUCACCUCGUCCAUCCCCAUCCGACUAGCUUUGCGGACCUUGCGGCAGUAUUCGCAACGGCUUUGGACGUCCCCAGAGUUCCUUACAAGCAGUGGCUGAUGAAACUCGAGGAUUUGCAUGAAAAGCAGGUCUCGGGCGACGGAUCUGACUCAGAAUUGCGCGCGUUGAGGCUUAUCACAUUCUUCCAGGCGCUUGCGCCUGACCGCGUGUCAGGCGACCUUACGGGAUCUGCCAAGCUUGACUGCACCCAGUUGAAGGCGAGCUCCGUGUUAUCGUCCGUUGAAUGCAAAGCACUUGGUGCAGAUAAUGUACAACAGUGGAUCGGUUAUUGGCGACGUGUCAGAUUUAUGUAGAGCCUCUUGGAUGUAUAAACAUUUCUGUAGAAAUGACUUCAAAGAAUCAUAAAAUACACAGAAC